AUGGCCCGACAGCAAAUAGAGGCCCAGGGUCUCCUGAGCAUUACAAUCCCAGGUGCCACUGCCCGCUUUCAAUCCCGACAUAAUGACCAUCCCUAUGAAAAGAGCCUAGCAAUAUCAAUUCCUAGCUCAGACCUCCAACAAGACGCUCCUCCUCCACUGCCACCUCCUCGGAUGCCCCUGGGUAACCCCAACGACCAUACUAUGCCAAUAAACCGACGAAACUAUACUCAGUUUGCACCCUCCUUGAGUAGUGGCUAUGGGAGUGCUGCCUCGUCGGUAGCUGAGGAGAGAGACAGCUUGAAGAGGAGGGUUACCAGAGUUAAGACUGGGGACCACGAAGAAGGUUAUUUAAGUUCUUCAAGCUGGUCGCCGAUAGAAAGAUCCAAAGAUGUAUUCCCACCCCUCGGAUUCGGACUACACCACGAUAACUUUUGCUUCCAAUCGCACGCUAGCGAUUAUGAUAGUUUGAAGAAGCUUCUUGACCGGAGACCCGCCGUCGACAGACCUCCGCCGAUAUCAUCCCUUCGCAGUGUCUCCUCAAGGCCGCCGCCAGCCGCCGUCCUCUCCUUCAAACAUAUUUUACCAAGCUGUCGAUCAUCACAAGAGAGCCUGGAAAUAGAUAGGUCUCCACAAACUCGAUCAUCUAGAAACAAUAGCGAUGAUACAUCAGUCCACAGUAUAUAUGAAUACUAUGGCGCCGAGAUGGAAAUCGCAGACACCUCCUCUUCUAAAAGGCUUCAGCUUAGUGAUGCUUGCCUGGCUGGACGAAAGCGUCGUGCACCUUCGGAUGACCUCCUUCACCGAGACGAGGCCAACCCUCAAAGCUCUCCCAUUCCCCGUCUUGCUACAGUAUCACAGGGCGUACCUGUACCCUCACUUUCCCGCUCAAGCUCAUACGUAUUCAACAUAUCAGUAGGCCCAUCAAGCGCUGCUACAUACGACUAUCGCUCACCUAGCGGUAUCUCACCCAUCUCCACCGCCUCCCCAUACACUUCACCAGGGUCCCUUAACCCUAGCCCGAGGAGCUCAAUCUCUAGCCGGGCUACAGGGCACCACCGCAACAUCUCAGGCGCAAGCCCGAGGAAAAGUCCCGAGAUACAGAAGCCUGGGCUUGAGAUGCAAGGAUUCUUCAUGUGCGAAUGCUGCCCCAAGAAACCUAAGAAAUUCGAGACAGCCAAGGAUCUCAAAGCACAUGAAGCUGAGAAGCAAUACAACUGUCAAUAUUGCGGUAAUCGCUUCAAGAAUAAGAACGAAGCAGAGCGACACCAAAACUCUCUGCAUGUCCGACGUCAUUCAUGGUCGUGCUCGGCUUUGAAGGAUUACAAGCGAGCUUUCCAUGAGUCAACUAAUCGGCGCCAUAAAGCUGACACUUGUGGAUACUGCGGCGAGGAAUUUGCUCGUAAUGGCCACGGCCCAGGUGGUAACGGCCCCCGAUGUACCACUGAACGGGACUGGGAGGAGCGAUCAAGGCAUUUGCAGUAUUACCACAAAUUUAGCGAAUGCAACGCGUCAAAGAAGUUCUUCCGAGCGGAUCACUUCAGGCAGCACCUGAAGCACAGUCAUGCUGGCGCAAGCGGGAAGUGGACUAAUAUGCUUGAGACCGCCUGCAUGAUUGAUGAGGAGCCUGUACAGCACAGGCAAAACUGA